GUUCUUCGUCUGCACGCUAUGACUACCGAAGCCACUAAUCCAAAAUCCGUGUACGAUUUUGUCGUCAAGGAUGCUAAGGGAAAUGAUGUUGACCUUUCUACUUACAAAGGAAAAGUCCUGCUGAUUGUCAAUGUUGCUUCCAAAUGUGGCUUAACCGACUCGAAUUAUACGGAGCUGAAUCAAUUAUAUGAGAAGUAUAAAGAUAAAGGUCUCGAGAUACUGGGAUUUCCAUGCAAUCAGUUUGGUGCACAAGAACCUGGAACCAAUGAUGAAAUCGUGGAUUUUGUCUGCACUCGCUUCAAAUCAGAAUUCCCCAUCUUUGAUAAGAUUGAAGUGAAUGGCGACAAUACUGCCCCAGUGUACAAGUUCUUAAAGUCGUGCCUAUGGGGAAUUAUUGGCGAUGAUGUCCAGUGGAACUUCGCCAAAUUUCUAGUUGACAAGAACGGCCAGGCCGUGGGUCGCUAUUAUCCCACAACUUCUCCUCUCAGCCUUGAGCGGGACAUCGAAAAGAUUGUGGGUAUUAUAUAAAUUGUCAAGCACCUCAUAUGACGAAGAGCUCUUGGUUUUUCCCUGUAUGUUGUGUAUUAAAUUUAUGUUUACUUGAAAAAGAAACUUGUUUAUCCUCAGAUGCGGCGUAUUACGCGUACUAAAUAAGGACUUAGAAUCCUUUAGCUAUAAAUGAUGUGUGUUGAAUUUAGUCCAUUUGAAAAAAGGGUUUCAAGGAACGUUCAUAUCUA